AUGCAGGGGGCAGUCAUUAUUGUGGCUUUCCUGGGGGUUACUUCAGGAGGAGAAGCAUUACACCUGAUCCACCUGCCUGCCACCAGCAGUGUGGUAGAGAAUGCUCCACCUGGGACUCUGGUGCAUGAAUUUUCUGUGAAUUUAUCCGUAUCGCUGUCACCUGUGAUCCCAGGGUUUCCACUAGUAAUCAACCCAAGACCCUUCACUGAAGCCUUCAGGGUGAACAGACUGUCAGGCACCAACUUUGAGGUUGUCACCACUGGGAAGGAGCAACUAGAUUUUGAAACAGGACCAAAAACAUUUGAUUUGCAGAUUUAUGUUAAGGAUGAUGUUGGUGUCACAGACCUGCAGGUUCUGACUGUGCAGGUGACAGAUGUGAAUGAGCCACCCCAGUUUCAAGGCAACUUGGCGCAAGGUUUAAACCUCUAUGUAGUAGAAAGAACAAACCCUGGAUUCAUUUACCAAGUGGAGGCCUUUGACCCAGAAGACACAAGCCAGAACACACCCCUCAGCUAUUUCUUCAUUUCUCCCUCGAAGAACUUUAGAAUGUCUGCUAACGGCACUCUCUUCUCCACAACAGAGUUGGACUUUGAAGCAGGAAACAAAAGUUUCUACCUUGUUGUGGGAGUGAGGGACAGUGGGGGUCUUGAAGCCUCCUCAACACUCCAGGUGACCAUUGUGAACAUCAACGAUGAGAUCCCACGCUUUACCAGUCCAAGGAGAGUAUACUCCAUUCCAGAGGAACUGCGACCAGGAACCAUAGUAGCAAACAUCACGGCAGUGGAUCCUGAUGACACCGGCUUUCCCAGCUAUCUCCUCUACAGCAUCACUACCAUCAGCAGCUAUUUUGUGAUAGAUCAGUUGACUGGGACGAUCCAAGUAGCCCAGAGGCUAGACCGAGAUGCAGGUGAACUAAGACAGAAUCCUACCAUCUCCCUGGAAGUUCUGGUGAAGGACAGACCCUCCGGAGGUCAGGAGAACCGCAUGCAGAUAACCUUCAUUGUGGAAGACAUCAAUGACAACCCUGCAAUGUGCAGAAAGCUCACCUUCAGCAUUAUGCUGACUGAAAAUGCAGCCAACGGGACGUUGCUUCUGGACCUGAACAAGUUCUGCUUUGAUGAUGACAGCGAAGCUCCAAACAACAAAUUUAACUUCACCAUGCCAUCUGGAGUAGGGAGCAGCCACAGAUUUUCACAGGAUCCAGCUGGCUCUGGGAGAAUUGUGCUGAUUGGUGAUCUAGAUUAUGAAAAUCCUAGUAAUCUAGCAGCUGGGAAUAAGUACACUGUGAUAAUCCAGGUGCAAGACACUGCCCCUCCUUACUACAAAAAUAACAUCUAUAUUUCUAUCCUAACAAGCCCAGUAAACGAAUUUCCUCUCAUCUUUGAUAGACCAUCCUACGUAUUUGAUGUGUCAGAAACAAGACCAGCUAGAACCCGGGUUGGGCAAGUGUGGGCAACUGACGAAGACUUCCCCCAGAGAAGCGUGACAUACUCCAUCUCCAGCGGAGGGGCCAGCCUCCAGUACUCGAACAUAUUUUGGAUUAAUCCCAAGACAGGAGAACUCCAGCUAGUAACCAAAGCAGACCAUGAAACAACUCCCAUCUACAUACUCAGAAUCAAGGCCACCAACGGUGAAAACACAAGUUCAGUCACUGUUACUGUGAACAUCAUUGGAGAAAAUGAUGAGAAGCCGAUAUGUACCCCAAACUUUUAUUUCAUGGCCAUCCCAGUGGACCUGAAAGUCGGCACAAACAUUCAGAAUUUCAAGUUGACAUGUACUGACCUUGAUUCCAGUCCCAGAUCUUUGCGAUAUUCCAUUGGUUCAGGCAACAUCAACAGUCAUUUUACCUUCUCUCCUAAUUCUGGCUCCAACAUCACACACCUGCUGCUUGCAUCCCGCUUUGACUAUGCUGGUGGCCUUGAUAAGAUCUGGGACUACAAGCUGCUUGUCUACAUAACUGAUGACAACUUACUGUCUGGCAGAACAAGAGCCGGGGCUCUUGUUGAAACAGGGACAGUAACAUUGAGUAUUAAAGUCAUUCCUCACCCGACCACAAUCAUCACCACAGCUCCCAGGCCCAGGAUCACCUACCAGAUCCUCAGGGAAAAUGUGUACUCUCGGUCUGCGUGGUAUGUGCCUUUCAUCAGUGCUCUGGGCUCCAUAGCUCUUCUGGGUCUUCUGGGGUCCCUGAUGGUCCUGUUGGUCAAAGCUAUCUACAGACACUGUCCCUGCAAGACCAGGAGGGACAAGAAACCUCUGGCAAAGAAAGGAGGCACGAAGAAUAUGAAGAGAGAGGCUGAGGUGGAAUCUGUCCAGAUCAAUACUGUCUUUGAUGGAGAAGCCAUAGACCCAGUGACCGGGAAAAUAUAUGAAUUCAACUCAAAAACUGGAGCCAGAAAGUGGAAAGGCCCAUUAACUCAACUGCCCAAAUGGACAGAGUCCAGCCCCCAGCAGAGAGGUGCUGCUGAUGAAAAGAGGGGGCCACAGAAGAGCACCAUUGAGGAAAGAGGCCAUGCACAAGCCCAGGACGUCAGCCCCAGUUCCAGAAGUUGGAAGUAUGAGCUGGACACCCCAAAGAACAGAAACCCAGUGGGAAGGGCAACCCCUAAACACGCGGGAAAAUUACCUGUGUGUAAGCCUGUGUGA